AGUUGGUGAAGUGAUGUCUCAUGUCUGAUGUUUGAUGUCUCACUCAUUUCUCAAAACAAAAAACUUUCUGAGCUUUAUGAAGAAAACUGUAAUUUAAACUUCUGUUGUUGUGGUUUUUUCUUUAUUUUUGAAGCAGCUUUAGUGCAAGUUACUUAUUUGACCAGUUUACCUGGUAAUUAGCCAGGAUGGUGGGCCUUCUAGAUGGAGAUAUAAACCGCGACGACGACUGUGACAAUACGGGGCUCGGAUGUGCCCUGGAGCACUUUUCCGAAGUCGAAGAGGUCUUAGGAAUGAUAGACAAUGUUAAAAAUAUCUAUAACUCUUCCUCGCUCGAAGUAGAAUACGAUAAACUCUACACUAUAUUGAAACAAUAUUACGAGCAACCGCACCUUCUCGAUCCGCACUUGGAAAAGAUAUUGGCCAAGUUCAUGAAUCUCGUCAAGGACAAAGAAUCUCCUUUUGAACUGAAACAUGCGACAUUCAAUUACAUGUACCAGAUCAUAAGGGUACGAGGAUACAAAGUGGUAGUCAGACAUUUGCCGCAUGAGGUCUCAGACCUUCUUACAGUGUUAACAUACCUUGAAGCACAAGACCCCAAUGAUAAGGAAACAUGGCGCAGCAGAUUUGUGUUGCUGUUGUGGCUGUCAAUUGUUGUAAUUAUUCCCUUCCACAUGAGCAGGCUAGAUGGAUUUGCUCCUGAUCAACCUGGUACUGGUACCUCUAAGAAGUUGACUGUCAUGGAAAGAAUUUACAACAUUUGUAAAAUGUAUGCAUUAUCUAAGGAUUCAUGUGCCGAAGCAAGUGCCUAUUUGGCUUCUAAGUUUCUUAUUAGGUCUGAUGUAAAAGAACUGUAUAUGGGUACAUUCUUUGAUUGGGCCUGUGAUUUACAUUCCAAUUUGAAAGAAGAAUUCACCAUACACUAUGGUGUACUAGCUGCAGUGGCUGCAGUGUUAAAGCACGGCAAAAGAGAUGACUUAUUGCCAUAUGCUUCAAAACUUCUUACAUGGGUCACUAAGCAAAAUUACGAACAGCAUAAAGCAAUGCUGGUACGAAAAUAUGGAGUCAAAAUUGUACAAAGAAUUGGUCUCACUUUUCUGAAACCCCGAGUGGCCACCUGGCGUUAUACAAGAGGCUCCAGAUCACUGGCAGUAACUCUAAGUGGUGGAGCAGCAGCAGGGGACACAGAACCCAUCAUCUCUCCUGCUGAUGAUGAUGAUCAAGAUAUACCUCAAGAGGUAGAAGACGUAGUAGAGCUACUUUUAUGUUCUCUACGUGACGACGACACAGUUGUACGGUGGUCGGCGGCAAAAGGUGUAGGGCGUAUUGGCGCGCGGUUACCGGCACUGGCCGCUGCUGACGUGUGUGAGAGCGUACUGGCCUUGUUCGCCGAACACGAGCGUGACACUGCCUGGCACGGCGCUUGCAUGGCUUUAGCUGAACUUGGUCGUCGAGGUCUACUAUCCCCAGCGCAGCUGGGCGCGUGCGUGCGGUGCGCGGUGCGCGCGCUCGCCCGCGACGAGGCGCGCGCGGGUGGCGGCGGCGGCGGCGGGCGCGCGGCGCGGGACGCGGCUUGUCACGUCGCGUGGGCUCUGGCUCGUGCGUACCACGCGGACGCACUCGCGCCGCACGCGCACACGCUCGCCAACGCGCUCAUCGCCACCGCGUGUUUUGAUAGAGAGAUAAACUGUCGUCGCGCGGCGUCGGCGGCGUACCAGGAGAACGUGGGACGUCACGGCAUGUUCCCGCACGGCAUCGACGUGCUCACCACCGCGGACUUCCAGACGGUGGGACCGCGCACUGCCGCCUACCUCGUCGUUGCUCCCCAGGUCGCGCGCUACCCCGAGUACACGCAGCCGCUCAUAGACCAUCUCGUGGACCUCAAGGUGGAGCACUGGGACUGCGCCAUCCGCGAGCUCGCCGCCAAGGCCUUGCACAAACUCACUGAUAAGAUGCCUGAAUAUGUAGCCACUGAAGUUCUACCAAAGCUAUUGAGAAAGAUCGAAUCUAUAGACCUGAAUGUUCGUCACGGAGCUAUCCUCGCUAUUGGAGAAGUCAUACAUGCACUGUCAUUGUGCAAGUUGGACAACGGCUCAUCUGCUGCAUCGCUGAUAUCUGAGGACGCACGUGCGGGCGUGUGCGGGCUGGUUGGGCGGUUACGGGCGCGGCAACAGCUGCGCGGUUUAGGCGGCGAGCUCAUGCGUCAGGCCGCCUGUCACGCCGUCGGUCGACUGGCGUUGGCGCAUCAUCACGUCGCGCGUGAUACUGCCGAUGAUUGGCUGAGGCUGAUAGAGGAGUGCCUCGCCCACGAGGUCCAGGCUGUGAGAGAGAAAGCGAUAGAGGCUCUCCCUCUCAUCAUAAACGAGUACCUGAAGGACGAAGACGAUGAAACGCAGUCUCCGGAGACCUCGAUCAAGGAGCAACGCCGACUACUCAUAGACCACUACCUCGAGCAACUGUCUAACACCGGAGUCAAUGGACUCACACUGAGGAUGGGAUUUUCUAGAGCCAUUGGAUCUCUACCGGGAUUCAUUUUGAAUGAGCAUCUGGAGCGCAUAGUAGACGCUUUGAUAGAAUGUACGAAGGUGACUGAAAACACACAGAAGUGGGCGGAGGGGCGGCGUGACGCGGUACUUGGACUUACUGAGAUAUGUCGUACACUCGGCCCCGAAGGUGCGAUGGCGCCGUACAUAGAGCGCGUGCUGAACGCCCUGCUGGCCAGUCUAGGCGAGUACACGGUAGACCUGCGCGGCGAUAUCGGCGCCUGGGUGCGAGAGGCCAGCAUGACCGGUCUGCUAUCAAUCUGCCGUCAGUGCGCAGUGAGCGCACCGGAGCUGCUGUCGGCGGCGGCGGUGCGCGGCGCGGCGUGCGGCGCGGCGCAGCAGGCCGUAGAGAAGAUAGACCGCACGCGCGCGCACGCUGGACGGAUAUUCAUCUCACUUUUAUACAACGAGCCAGAAAUCCCUCACAUUCCACACCACGACGCCCUCAAGCGGAUAUUCCCGUCAGAGGAGGUCGAGAUAAAGUCGCCCAACAAAGAGGCGGAAGACGAGCGGCCAAGAGCGAGCGAGAACUCCAACGUAGUGCUAUGGCUGUUCCCCGGACACACUAUGCCGAGAUUUGUUCAGCUACUCAAGUUCGACACAUACAGAUAUCAUAUUGUCAAAGGAUUGGUUGUCAGCGCUGGCGAGUUGACUGAGAGCUUGGUAAAGCACACGACUCAAUCUCUCUUCUCAUACUUACGAUCCCUCCACGAUGACAAAGAGACUCUGAAAGCGAUAUGCGACACAAUCAUCGACGUGUUCAGAGACAACCUGCACGUCAAGAGAAUAAUGACGCCUAUGUUCAACUUCUUAGAUAGACUGUUUAGUUCAGGUGCCAUCUCACCGAUACUAGAGGACCCAGAGUCAACGUUUGCAUUGGACGUACUAAAGUAUUUGCAGCUCGAGCUACGCGGCGGUAACAGCGUCUACAAGAUGUUGGACUCCAUCAACGUACUGUGUCAACUGAUUCAGGUGGGCGGGAGCGUGUCAGCGCGCGCGUUGUCGGUCCUGUGCGUGCGGCUGUGCUGCGCCGACCGCUACGUGCGUCGCUGCGCCGCCGCCAGACUGUACGAGGCGCUCACGCUGUAUGGUGACGUCAGUGCGGUCCCGCCUGAUAACUUGGAUCAGGUUAUGUCCAUCUUGGCUGAUACGGACUGGGAGAAAGACGUGAACGAGCUGCGACCGAUUAGGAACGAAAUAUGCGAUCUCAUGGACAUCAAGCGGCCGGUGCCCAAGGCUAAAGCGCCGUAGAUAAUGUAUCUCAUAUUUAUUUUACAUGUAGCUUGCAUGUGGAUGUCGCCUUAUAGUGGUGCAACCAUAUUCUAACAACAAACAUGUUUUUGUAUAGUCCGGUUGCGGAGCACGCAGAACGAAUGCUGUCGCUACAUAUUAUUCAUUUAGCCCAUUGCGAUCCUAUUAUGUAGACAUGGUAAAAAAUCGUGUCAAAGUGAAAAAUACAAGAAGCCUCUUAGCCGAGUAAUAAUUUCUAUAUUAUGUUCUACAACCAACAACAAGAAGUAUAAUCUAUUCCUUAAA